UAAACAGGUUAAAAAAGGUUUGAAACAGUUGGCUACAUUUUAUAACUAUUAAUAUGAAAUCUCAAGGUCAUGUGAAUUUAUACCAUUGGAUAUAAUUAAACAUAUAUUUUUUCUGUCCUAAAGGAUAUUCACUGUUAGUAGGCUUUAACUAAUCUUCUCUUAAAAAUCUCCUCAAAAUAACAUGACAUGCAGCAUCACGAAAAAUGUCGGUGAAUAGCUUAAUGUCGCCAUUCCUUUUUGCGCAUAUCGAUACACUUAUAAAAUGUUUUCAUCUCUACAAAAUGUUUGAAAUUGCUCCAUACAUCAGUGUAAAUGAGUUUGUCCUCGAAUCGUUAAUAAUCCACAACUGUUCAUGCCACGCCUGCAAAGAAAUCUUCUUAAAAUGUAUCGGAUAUUUGUGUUUUAUUUGAAGUGCAGAAAAGCCUUCGUUCAUUAUAUAAAAUGUCCAAGUUGCCACACACGCAAAAUAUAGAUUAUAAUGAAGAUUAAAAGAUAAAGGUGUAAAAGAGAGUUAUUGAAAUGCCCCCACAUAUUUUAGACACGUGUACAAAGAUAAGUUAAGCAAAAUACAUACUUUUUAAACGUUCUAUGUAAGGAUGAAAGUAUUUAAAGGUAAAAUAAAAUAACACAAAUCCUUUAGAAUCCUGUAAAAUAGGCACAGGUGCGCUGGGUGAAAAAGUUUUGGAUGCUAGAUGGGAACAAUUUAGGCAUCACGACUAACAUCGUCCUUUAGAAAUAUCUUUCAUUUUUACGACUUCAUUGAGACUGUUGCAUAUAUACAAAACAUUAAAUAAUAAGAAUAAUAAUAAUCUGGCAAAUAAAAAAGGGGAAACAUCCACUAGAACUUAACCGCUUAGUCUCAGCAGCUUUGGCCACUACCGGGAACUGUCCAAGGUGCUGUGUGAGGACGACUUUUUCACACCUAGGGCUAAUUGUUUAGCACAGCGAAUAGACCAGGCCUGCAGUCAUUAAAAUAUGGAAACAAAUUUAGACACGCAAGUCUGAAGCAGCCUAUGUAUUAGCUGACAUUAAAACAAAUUUAAAUCCGCAGGAAUACUAUUACAGAAGUGCCAUCAGUCUUUGACAAGAUUAAAAUAUUUUUUUAACACAUUUUCUAUUGCAAGCCGUCAUUUAUUUAACUAACUAGUAUCUAUGUCUAGUACUUUUAAAAUCAGUAACAAUAAUGCAAUAGCGAUCUUUUGCUAUUUAGAUUCUAUAGAAAAUUGUUUACGUAUUCAGCUAGGCCUAUGAAUUUCUAGCAGGCCUAAGCUUCUAGUAGAACUAGUAACUAGUAUCCAUUUUUACGUAUUUUUACAUUUUUAGUAGGUUUUCCAGUUGUGAUUAUCUUUUUUCAGUUUCACUAAUAGGCUAACCGUUUAGACAUGAAACAUUUUGUUACUAGUCUACUAGUAAAAUAAAAAUGGAUAGUUUAAAAAGGAAUACAUGUUAAAAUGGCUUGUCAUAGUAUUUCACAUUACCACACAAAUUUAAUGAUUAGUUGAAACAGUAAUAACACUAAAUGUGAGUGAGGGCAGCGCGCGUGCUCGGCUAGGAAAGCCCAGCGGGCGCGCGCGCUCUAGAGGUGCAUGGAGACGAGGAACUUCCUCAAGAGCCUAGCGACCGGGAGCGCGCCGAGCCGGUAAAUUAAUACACAAAGGCGAGUUCACAACAUUCACACGAUGUUUGAAUCCCCGUGUAAAUCGAUAAAUGUCCUGGACGCGUGGUCGGAGAAUCAGGAAGAGUUGCGCGAGACGCAACCGGUGUCUUCUCGCGGGACGAGAAAGCGAGUCAAGACAAAAAAAAAAAAAACAAAACAGCAGCAAAACGCGACACUCUCUGUCUCGGCCCCUCAGUUAUGCGCGGAUGACGCCGAUAAGGAGCGAAAAGAAAAGAAAUAUAGACCGGACGAGCCGAUUGUAAGAGGAAUCUUCCAAAUCGGGAAGAAGAGCCACAACGUGGUUCUCACGGCAACGCGGGUAACAUGGACGCCCAUUCAGCCCGAGACCCCUACAGCUGACCAUGAUGUGAAGAGGCAGGAAGAGUAUGUGGAGCUUAAGGACGUGUUUGCUGUGAAGGUAAAGCGGCGACGCUCUGCAGGGCAGCAGACGGGUGGAACUCUGCUGGGCAUCACACUCUUCCAGUGCAAGAAGAAAGGGCUCAAACUCAAGGAACAUGCCAUCCACCUCAAUAACCUCAGUGAAGACCACUGUGAGAUUUGGUUCAAAAGCCUCAAAGAAAUCCUCAGCGGUUUUAAGAACCGUCCCAAGUCUCUCAAAGUCUUCGUAAACCCCAUCAGCCACAAGAAAGAGGCAUACCAGAUCUACCUGGACGAAGGCCCCCUCUUCAAGCUCGCCGACAUAGAAGCUGAUGUUACCAUCACUAGGAGAAAGGGCCACGCACUGUCCAUUCUGAAAGACUGCAGCUUGGAAGACUAUGAUGGUGUGGUAUGUGUUGGGGGAGAUGGCUCUGUAGCCGAGGUGACCCACGGGUUGCUUCUCCGGGCCCAGAUGGACGCUGGGAGGGACACAGAUUCCAUCUUCACGCCUGUCCAAGCAGCACUUCCUCUCGGCAUAAUACCAGCAGGUUCUACCAAUGUGGUGGCCUGCUCUGUGCAUGGAAUAAGACGGGGAAUGACUGCAGCCUUGCACAUCAUCAUGGGUCAUCAUCAGCCCGUGGACGUGUGCAGCUUUAGCUCAAUGGGUCGUCUGCUGAGGUUCGGCUUCUCUGCCAUGUUUGGUUUCGGUGGGCGGACGCUCGCACUGGCAGAGAGACACCGCUGGAUGCCACCCAGCCAGCGCCGCGAGUUCGCUCUCAUUAAAACACUGGCAAACCUCAAACCUGAAGACUGCGAACUGUCCUUUAUAACCAGCCAUGGAGCCGAGGAUCAGAUAAAAGCUGAGCGAAGCAGGGAUGGAGAAGACAUUUGUGAGCAUGGAUCCUGGCAGACCAGACAAGGUCUGUACCUGAAUAUCAGCAUCAUGGCUAUUCCCUGCCUGUGCUCCACGGCCCCCAGGGGCCUGGCUCCAAACACCAGGCUGAACAAUGGCAGUAUGGCACUGAUAGCUGUUGGAAACACCUCCAGGUCAGAGUUCAUCAAGCACUUGAAGAGAUACAACAGCACAACCAACCAGUUUGGAUUCUCGUUUAUUGAGACACAAACCGUAAAGGCUGUGAAGCUGCGACCACACUCUCAAGGAAGAUGUGCUGACGAUGUCUCAGAGAACGAGGAGUGCAAUACAAAAACCAUGCCCAUCAUCUCCUCUGAAGGAACAUACCCCUGGAACAUUGAUGCAGAUCUGUUGGAGGUCCCAUCUGAACUCCUGAUCCGAGUUCACCCACAGCUCCUCACACUCUUUGGAGCAGACAUGGAGGAGGCGGAGGAGGCACCGGUUAAAUGCAGCUGUAUCUGAACACACACAACCACAUUAAAGAGAGAUGUUGCUAGAUAGUAGCGCUAUGAGAAACUGCACAAUGCACAAUGUACAUAGAACAUUUUAUGACAGAGCAAAAACAUAUGACACAUAAAAUAUUCCAGUGCAUAAGAAUAUAAAUUAAACCAAAGUAAAUUUUUAACAAAAGUUUGUAUAAUUUUUAAAGACAGGAAAUGAAAUGAAAUGAAAUGAAAAUAUUAAAUUAUUAAAAAUACAGAU